AUGGAUAAAUUAGAAAGAAUAGAAUUAGAGUCACAGAUAUGUAUGGAGUUGGAGAAUUUCAUUGGGUCGUCAGACAAGGUGUUGGCAGAGUUUAUUAUCAGUUUGGCUGAAGCCAACCCUAAUCUAUCAGACUUUAACAAUGCAUUGGCAGAGAAUGGAGCUGAGUUUCCUGAAUCAUUGGUUGCUCAUCUCUUGAACCUCGUCAACAAGAUGAACCCAAAGAAUAGAAAGACAAACACUUCAACAUCAUCGACCUCUAAGCAAUCAUCGGAAUGGGACAAGACCGAUGCUGCUGACCCUCAAAAGUUGGCUGCAAAGUUCCCUGCCCUCUCAAUCCCAAAUACUAAACAAUUUCUUGAAGGAAAGGUAUUAGAUAUGGUACAAGAAGAAAAGAAAAAUAGAGACAUUAAUAGAGAUAAUAAUAGUAGUAGUAGUAGUAGUAGUAGAGAUAAUGAUAGAGAUAGAGGUAGGGAUAGUAAUAGAGAUAAUAAUGAUAGAGAUAGAGAAAGAGGUAGAAGUAGAGAAAGAGAAAGAGAUAAUGGUGGAAGAAGAGAUAAUGGUGGAAGAAAAGAAUUGGAUAAAGACGCAGAGUUAAACAAGAUAUAUAGUGGUAGAAUUACAACGAUCAAUGAUUAUGGCUGUUUUGUUUCGUUGGAGGGGAUAGUGGGAAAGAAGGAAGGUUUGGUACAUGUGUCACAAAUCACUAAAGCAAGAAUAAACAAUCCGUCAGAGAUUGUAAAGAGAAAUCAAAAUGUAAAGGUCAAGGUGUUGUCGGUGGUUGGGUCACGUGUCAGCUUGUCGAUUAAGGAUGUCGACCAAGAGACUGGACGCGAUUUAAAUCCACAGGCAAACCAGCAAUCGCAACAACCAAUCAAGAGUAUAUCGGGAAGAGAUGACCGCGAUCGUUUCAACCCAUCGAAACCACAACAACAACAACGAUCCGGGAAUGAUGACCAAGACAAUCAUAACAAUCAAAAGUCGCGAAAGAGAAUGACGUCACCCGAGCGAUGGGAAUACAAGCAGCUGAUUGCUGCAGGCGUUAUCAAGGCAACUGAUCUCCCCAAUUAUGACGAAGAGGCUGGUGCGUUGAUGCCAGACGACGAAGAAAACGAAGAGGUCGAGGUUGAACUAAACGAAGAGGAGCCAGUGUUUCUCAAGGGCACAAGAGGGUCGAUGCAACAAAUGUCACCCAUUAAAAUCAUCAAGAACCCCAAUGGAUCGUUGCAACGUGCUGCCAUGACGCAGGCGACGUUGGCCAAAGAGAGAAAGGAGGAAAAGGAUAUUAUCAGAAACGAAAUGAUGGAUAAUAUCCCCAAGGACCUCAAUUUGCCGUGGGAGGAUCCUAUGGCCGGUCAACACGAACGUCACAUUGCACAAGAGUUGCGUGGUCUAGCUGCACCCGUUGCAGAAAUGCCCGAGUGGAAAAAGACAACCCAGCAAAACGUGACAUACGGACAGAUUACGAGCCGUUCGAUCAAGGAGCAGAGAGAGUCGUUACCAUUCUUUCCGCUGCGCGACGCUUUUCUUCAGGCUGUCGAGAGUAAUCAGUUGUUGGUAGUUAUUGGAGAGACGGGUUCUGGAAAGACGACACAGAUGACACAGUAUCUUGCUGAAGCAGGGUAUGCAUCGGCCAAUGGAAGAAUUGGGUGUACACAACCACGUCGUGUGGCUGCCAUGUCGGUAGCUAAGCGUGUCGCUGAAGAGUAUGGAUGUCGUUUGGGUGAGGAAGUAGGUUACGCCAUUCGUUUUGAAGAUUGCACAUCGCCAUCAACCGUCAUCAAGUACAUGACCGAUGGUAUCUUGCUCAGAGAGUGUUUACUCGAUCCUGAUCUCUCCUCCUACUCUGUACUCAUCCUUGAUGAGGCUCAUGAACGUACCAUUCACACUGAUGUCUUGUUUGGUCUGCUCAAGCAGGCUCUCAAGCGUCGUAAAGACCUCAAGGUACUCAUUACUUCGGCCACGCUCGAAGCCGACAAGUUUUGCAAGUAUUUUAUGAACAGUCAGUUGUUUAUCAUCCCCGGUCGUACCCAUCCCGUCGAUAUUCGGUACACCAAGGAGCCAGAAGCCGACUAUCUCGAUGCUGCACUCGUCACAGUCAUGCAAAUCCAUCUCAGUGAGCCACCCGGCGACAUCCUCCUUUUCCUUACGGGUCAAGAAGAAAUUGAUGCUGCCUGUCAAACUCUCUACGAACGUAUGAAAGCACUUGGAUCAAAUGUUCCCGAUCUUUUAAUCCUUCCAGUUUACUCUGCACUUCCAAGUGAAAUGCAAACUAAAAUCUUUGAACCUGCUCCACCAGGAUCAAGAAAAGUUGUUAUUGCAACCAAUAUAGCUGAAACUUCAUUGACAAUUGAUGGUAUUUAUUAUGUGGUUGAUCCAGGAUUUUCAAAACAAAAAUGUUUUAAUCCAAAGAAUGGAAUGGACAGUUUGGUGGUUGCACCCAUUUCACAGGCUGCUGCUAGACAGAGAUCAGGUAGAGCUGGUCGUACUGGACCUGGUAAAUGUUAUCGUUUGUACACAGCCAAUGCAUUUGAGAAUGAAAUGCUUCCGUCAUCCAUUCCAGAAAUCCAACGUACCAAUCUUGGAAAUACAGUGUUGACACUCAAAGCAAUGGGAAUCAACGAUCUUAUUGGCUUUGAUUUCAUGGACCCACCACCCGUACAGACAUUAGUGUCGGCCAUGGAACAGCUCUAUGCACUUGGUGCACUAGAUGAAGAAGGUUUGUUGACCAGACAGGGCAGAAAGAUGGCCGAGUUUCCACUCGAACCACAACUCGCUAAAAUGUUGAUUGCAUCGGUCGAGUUGGGAUGCUCAGACGAGAUUCUCACAAUCGUCGCCAUGUUGUCAGUACAAAAUGUCUUUUAUCGACCCAAAGAAAAACAAGCAUUGGCCGAUCAGAAACGUGCUAAAUUUUACAGUGCCGAAGGUGACCAUCUCACACUGCUAGCCAUCUACGAAGGUUGGAAAGCCAGCAAGUUUAGCAACCCAUGGUGCUUUGAUAACUUUGUACAAGUACGUUCACUCAAGCGUGCUCAAGAUGUGCGUAAACAACUCAUUACCAUUAUGGAUCGUUAUAAAUUGGAUAUCGUAACAUGUGGUAGAAACCACAACAAGAUUCGUCGUGCUAUUUGCUCUGGGUUCUUUGUCAAUGCCGCCAAAAAGGAUCCAAAUGAAGGAUACAAGACCAUGGUCGAGGGACAGCCGGUAUUCAUCCAUCCGUCAUCUUGUCUCUUUCAAAAGAAUCCCGAUUGGGUCAUCUACCACGAAUUGGUCAUGACCACCAAAGAAUACAUGAGAGAUGUCAUCACUGUCGACCCCAAAUGGUUGGUAGAACUAGCACCCAAAUUUUUCAAGUUGGCCGAUCCAAAUAAAAUAUCAAAACGUAAAAAGAAAGAAAAGAUCGAACCACUUUGGGACAAGUAUCGUGAUCCAAAUGAAUGGAGACCAAGUAAAAGAAGAUAA